AUGUCGGUCGAGGUAGCGACAGGAACACCAUUGGCCGAAGCCCUCCACAAUGCCGUACAACCCAAGCUCGCCGAAGUUGGAUGGAGCACUGGUGCCGCCGACGACUCAGCGCUCGCCGAGUACAUUAUCCUCAUGCUCGUCAACGGCAAGACUCAGAACCAGAUCGCAUCCGAACUCUCCAACGACCUGCUUGGCCUCGGACCGGAUGACCCAAGCGCCAACGAUUUUGCGACAUGGUUGUUCGAUCAAGUCAACACCCUGAACGGACAGCUCAAUGGCGGACAAGAUGCGCAGAUGGGUUCGACGCAGUCUGCAGAUGUCACAACUGCCUCGCAAGACCAGCCGGGCCAGGACCAGACUAUGGGUGAUGAGGGCGACUCACUACCUCAAGGCGCAAUCCCUACCGGACCCAAGUCAAUGCGCAACGGCAACGGCAAGCAACAGACAACACGAGACCGUCGCAUGCUAGGACAGAUGAACAAGGCUCUAGACCGCACAAACGACGCUGCGCUACACAGGAUAAGAGGUGGUGGAGGUGUCGGUAGAAUCAACACGCACAACAAUCGGGAGCCACCGAAGGGCCCUCGCAACAUGGCCAACCGCAUGCAGAACAUGAGCCAGAUGAACUCGCCCAUGACUCAGAACGCCAUCAUGGGAGCCAACCCGCAACAGCAGAUGCAGCUAUUCAAGAUGUUGGAAGAGCAGUCGCGUAUGAUGGCACAGAUUCUGGGUCCUGGACAGCAAAUGCCCAACGCCCCUGCCAUCAACCCUGCAUUCUUCAACGGUCAGCAAGGUCAACAAGGCAAAUCUCUGUUCGAUCGCAUCGAGAAGCCCAGGAAGAACAGCAACUUCAAGAACAACCAACGGCCCAACGCAGGAGCAGAUGCCAUGGACACAGAUGGUGCUGAGAAUGCCGAUUCCGAGCAGAAGGAACCCUCGACCGUCCCCUGCCGCUUCCAACUCUCUUGCACCAACCCUUCAUGUCACUUCGGCCAUCAGUCUCCUGCUGCGCCACCUGGCAUUGCGCUUGACCUUACAGAUACCUGCCCCUUUGGCGCUGCUUGCAUGAACAAGAAAUGUGUCGGCUCUCACCCCUCUCCGGCGCAAAAACGUGCCCAUCUCUCGACUCAAGUGGACUGCAAAUUCUUCCCAAACUGCACCAACCCGAACUGCCCCUUCAAACAUCCCACUACACCACCCUGCAAGAACGGCGCCGACUGUCCCGAACGCGACUCUGGCUGCCAGUACUCGCACAGCGACAUCAUGUGUCGCUACACUCCCUGCUUGAACCCUAACUGCCCCUACCGCCACACCGAUGGUCAAAAACGCAGUGCAAACUGGACGAACCCCAAUGCCAAACAUGUCAGCACCCGCACAUUCGUCACAGACGCAGAUGGCGAUGAAGAGUUGAUCAUACCCGGUCAGAGCAGUGGAGAGACACAACAGGAAGGACAAGCAGCACAACAGCAGGACCAGACCCAACAGGCCGAUGCAGAUGUCACUGCUUAG